AUGUUUUUCCCAAUGUUUUUUUUAUUAAUUUUUAUUUUUCCUUAUCUCUUGUUUACACAAUCUAUUAGAAGUAUUUAUCGAAUUCCUUUAAUAGUCUUGUUUGGUUGUUGCUUGUUUGUUGCAUUUCCCCUUCAAUUGCAAAUCUUCUUUUUAAUUCCUUUUCUCAUUUUUUCAGACUUUUCAUAUUUUCAACCUUCUAAAUUUUUUAUUAAAAAAAUGGCUGACAAAUUCGUCGGAAAGUGGAAACUUACUGACUCCGACAAUUUUAAUGACUACCUCAAAGAGGUUGGCGUUGGAAUGGUCGUUCGUGCCACUGCUGCCGCUGUGAAACCCGUUCUCGAGUUUGUAGUUGAUGGUGACAACUGGAAGAUGACUUCCACCUCAACUUUCGCUAAUUGGGUUUGCGACUUCAAAAUUGGAGAACCGAAGGAGCAGAAGACCGCUGAUGGGCGCACAUUGAUGAGCACCUUUACUUUUACUGAUGGGAAGCUCGUUGAAGAGCAGAAGAAGAUCAGUGAAAAGGACAAGGACAGCCACAUUGAGCGCUACGUUGAUGGAGAUGGCAAAAUGGUCAUUACAUGCGAGAGCGGCGGGGUCAAGGCGGUUCGCAAGUACGAGAAGAUGUGA